AUGGAUUUCAUGGCUGAUUAUCUCAUUCAGCUCCAAUGUAUUGAAGUAAUCUUUGCUCUUAUCAUUCUUUACAAAGUGUGGUGGAAUAGCAGUUUUAACAGCUUCAACAAGCAACCACCUCAACCCUCUGGCGCUUUACCGGUGAUCGGCCACUUUCACUUGUUCCUCAAUGGCCAACCUUUUCAUCAAAAGCUCAGCGACAUGGCCGAUAAGCUCGGCCCGGUGUUCAUCAUCUGGCUUGGCUCCCGGCGCACUCUGGUCAUAAGUAGUUGGGAGGUAGCUAAAGAAUGCUUCACCAUUAAUGACAAAGCUCUCUCCUCCCGGGUAACUAACAACGCUGCAGCCACCCACUUAGCCUACAAGGCUGCCAUGUUUGGCGUUGCUCCUUAUGGCUCUUACUGGCGUUCUAUUCGCAAGAUCGCCACCACUGAGCUCCUCUCCAACACUCGUCUUGACAAACUCAAGCAUGUCAUGUUGGCAGAGAUUAAUACAUGCUUGAAGGAACUACGUACCCUAUGUGGAUAUGAUACUACUAAUAAUAAUAUUAAUAAUAAUAGAUAUUCAUCAAUUGUUACAGUUGACAUAAACGAAUGGUUUGGAGACUUGAACUUCAACAUAGUGUUCCAAAUGGUGGCUGGAAAACGGUUAUUCGGGUCCGGUGGUGGUUCGGAUAAGGCUUGGCGGUUUAGAAAGGCAGCGCACCAGUUCUUUCACCUUCUCUUUGUCUCUGUACCAUCUGACAUAUUCCCAUGGCUUGAGUGGAUGGAUCUCGGAGGUCAUGUGAAGGCGAUGAAAGCUGCAGCGAAGGAGAUGGAUUCAUUGAUGGUUAAGUUAGUGGAGGAGCAUAGGGAAAGAAGAGCUUCAAGGGUGACCACCGGCGAUACAGACUUCAUGGACGUGAUGCUUUCCAUCAUGGAAAAUGACCAUGAGCUUCAAGACCACUUUGAUAAGGAGACUCUCAUCAAAGCUACUUCAUUGAAUUUGAUACUCGGUGGUAGUGACACGACAGCCAUAUCUUUGACAAGGGUCAUGGCACAUCUACUAAACAAUCAGGAUGCAAUAAAGAAGCUGAAGACAGAACUAGACGAGCAGGUUGGUGUGAACCGAGUUGUGAAUGAGUCAGACAUAAAGAAUCUGAUCUACCUCCAAGCAGUGAUCAAGGAGUCAUUCAGGCUAACACCUUCAACUGAACUUCUGUUUCCACGAGAGACCGUGGGGGACUGUACUGUGGCCGGAUUUCAGAUUCCGGCCGGCACACAAGUGAUUGUUAAUGGGUGGAAGCUGCACCGUGACCCUCAUGUGUGGCAAGACCCUUUGGAGUUCCGGCCAGAGAGAUUCUUAUCAAGCCAUGCAGCAACAAUGAUUGAUGUGAAAGGCCAAAGCUAUGAACUUAUUCCUUUCGGUACUGGUCGGAGAUUAUGUCCCGGAAUCUCCAUGGCAUUACAUGUGAUGCACUUGACACUGGCCAGGCUCAUUCAGAGCUUUGAGCUCAAGCCGGUGAGCAGUGUCCCUGCUGAGCUCUUUGAAGGUUUGUUCUCUAUGACCUCGUACUCAACUCCACUGAUGGUGGAGAUAACUCCACGUCUCUCUCCUCAGCUUUACCAAUCUUAGCUGGAUAUCCAACGAGGAUAUAUACCUUAUAUGGUACUAUGCUACCUCUGUGCUUGUAGUAUCAUGAUGAAGCAACCUGACAAUCCAUGCUGUGUUGUUUUCGACAUCACUCAAUAAAAUGGUCAUAAUAUUGAUGACACGGACAAGAACAAGUAUUUAUUGUCCUUUAUUUAUCACACAACUAUUGUCUGAAAGCCUA